CUGUAAUGGCGGGAGAUUUAUAUUUAAAAUAAUCUACAGGUGGCUUUACUCGUUCUUUUCUCUUUUCUUUAUUUCUUUCAAUUGCUCCUUCUUGGAUUCGGUUAUCCUCCUAAUUUUCCCCGCCUUCCAUUUAACUGUUGCUCCUUCAUUUUUUUUUCUUUGUCUGGUUUUCCGUCUUAUAAUCAAAAGCCUAUGUUGACGGCCACUGCGGUUACGUUUCCCAGGGAAUCGGCUUCGGGACCUGGAGUGCAAACCGGCAACACGGACACUUCGUCAUCCGUCAUUCGCAUCGUGCCUCAUCUCGACUCACCGCGAUCGCUGGUGUUUGCUAUUGUCGAACGUGAACUUCGGGAAGGUGUUGCGAUAAAAAUUGGGCGUUUCACCGACAAAUUCUUUAUGCCUACUCGAGUCACUUUCAGAUCAAAAGUCGUGAGUCGUGGUCAUGCGGAAAUUUGGACGGAGAAUAACAUGGUAUACAUUCGUGACACCAAAUCAUCUUCCGGCACCUUUCUCAAUCGUGUGCGGUUGAGCCCGCCCAAUCAAGAAUCACGGCCAUUCGAACUGAAAAGUGGAGACAUCAUCCAGUUGGGUGUAGAUUAUCAAGGCGGGGCAGAAGAGAUGUAUCGUUGUGUUAAAAUGCGCAUACAGUUGAACCAAUCAUGGGAAAAGCAGAUCAAUAACUUUAGUAUACAGGCAUUUAGAGCGCUUCAGCAUCACAUCCAUCACGAUCGACCGCCGUCAAACGAAGAUUCAAGUAAAAAAGACGCAGUAUCCAUUGAAGACUGUUGCAUUUGUUUGUAUGCCAUCACCCCGUUCCAGGCACUAUUUGUGGCUCCCUGUUCGCAUACAUUUCAUUAUAAAUGCUGCCGCCCGCUGCUGAUGAACCAUCCCGGGUUUCAAUGCCCGCUGUGUCGAUCUUAUGCUGACCUGGAAGCAAGCGUCGCCGUGGAAGUGAACGAAGUUCUCCAGAUCAUCAAAAGCAAGCAAAUCUCUCACGUUGGCAGUGGCCAAGCACCAGCGGUAACAAGUUUGGAAAUGUCAUCUUCCAAUUCGUCUCCCAGUUGCGGUAACUAUCAGGAAAACGAAACGAUACGCUCAAAGCCGCGGGUGUUCACACUAUCCAUUACUUAGAAUUAGCAGCCUUGGGUUGCCACGAACCUAAAGACCCCAUGGACAUUGAUUGACACUAAGCAUCUACGUCUUCAACGACGCAAAAACAAAAAAAAAAAAGAAACAGAAAAAAAAACCAGCUUCUUCUCUUCCUUUGUGUUCUGCUUCAUUUUCACCUCAAGUUUGUCGUUCAUCUGUAAGAUGGGCGACCACCACUUUUCGUAUAAGAACUCCAACCGUCUCAUUGUGACGUCCUGCCCUUCUUUUUCUUGUUUCCCCCCUUUGAAUUCUUUCAUGCCAUUAAAUAUUCAGCGCCAUUUCCCCACUUUUGCAUGCCAAAACCGAAAUCCACUCAACAUCCA